GAAUUCAAAUCCUUCCUCCCCUCCGCUCCCUCAAUAAAACCCCCACCCCAAGAAAAAGAGAGAGAGCGAAAGCCAAGAAUCAGAAAAGUGCAGAGAAGUUGCAGGGCAAACAACAAAGCUUUCAGCGAUUCAAUUCAUCGGUUUGCGUUUUCGGGGAUGUCGAAAAUGAAGCUGGACCGCAAGCCUCCGCUCGCCAGAUCCCCGGCCCGCCUCCGUCCCCGCCGGAUCCUCCGGUCGAGCACGACCACGAUGAAAUCUUUGCAGACCCCACCAGGAUCUUUGACGAAAUCGGAAAAGCUGAGCCGCGCGUGGGACAUCGACGAAUCGGAGAUCCGCCCCGAGUACCGCUCCAUCUCGUGCGAGCUCCGUGCGCUGACGCAGAUGGUCCGCGACGAGCUCAGCAACGCGGAUCCCGCGGACUCCUUGUUCGCCAACAGCUUGGGCGCCGACACGGCCUCUGUGUUCGAGAGAGGGAGGUUCUACGACGUGUACUCCGCGAGGAGGAACGAGCGGCUGAAGAGGAAGAAAGGCGGCGGGCCGGGGGAGGAGAAGAAGGCCGCGUACGACCUCGGCGUCACGGUUGAGCCGGCAAAGAGGAGGGGGGAAGGGAAGAAGCUGGAGAACCUGAGGAAAUCGGUCUGCGCGGCUUACUCCGUGGAGAGGAACGAGGGGACCCCGGCUCCGAGAUACUUGCUCAGAAGCAGCAUGAAGCCUCCCCUGGCCGUUAGCUAUGAGAAGUCCGCCGUCGGUGAGCGAAGGAUCGGAGCUCGGAGAGUGAAGAAAAACUGAGGAUCGAAAUGAUCGCGAAGGAGUUGAGGGUAGGUGGCGGUAAAGACAAAAAAAGGUUUUUUUGAUUCGAACUGCGUUUUGAAAUUCCUCUUGGGACGGAAGUGUUUGGUUUGUCUAUAAGAUUUGAUUUGUGAGCGUGCAAUGCAUGAACGUUAAUUCUGGGGAUUGUUCGGCUAAAUCAGUUCGGCAAAUGUUUAAAAGUGUUUGCGGAACGGAAUCUUUUAUUGCCGUGGUUCUUGAGAAACUACGUAGACGAGUGAUUUCAGAAGUAAUUACAGCUUGAAACCUGGGGCAAUGUGUGGUGGUGGGCGAGAGCAAAGGAACGAUUUACAUGCGAAAGAGUAGUCAGAAAGUUACUCGUGAGAGGAGCUCAUUACAUCCGCCAAGAUCGGCACAAGUGAAGUUGGGAUAUAUAGUAGUCUAACAAAACAAGUAACACAUCUUGGUUUCAGUCCCUCUAAUCAAGAGUCAAAUGAGUAUCGAGUAUAGCAAAAACCCCCUCCAUUAGAGAGGGGUCAAGAAAAAAGGAUUACAACGCAUGUUAAUCCGAUAUAAAAGAACUUCUCCACAUUCACGAGAGGAUGGAGUCCGAAAAUGAUGCCCCGGCCAGAGCGUUGAGGCGGGAGCCGGGCGCUGGGGGACUCAUUUUAUCCUGCAUUUCAUGACAUAUUCCGUUUAAGCAGAACUUUCUCCAAAGGAAAUUCAGAGUAAACCCAGGAACUGUAUGAAAAGUACCAAUUUUCCAUUUACAAUAAAUAGAGUUAUUAA